AGCGCAGAGCGCAGCGCCCCGCUGAAACAGACAGUCUGUCACACAGAGGAGCUCCAAACCCUUACGGGAUUUGAAAGACAACAGGAGAGGAUUACCUGAGCGAACAAGGGAUCCAUGCAGGUGAUGUGAGGACAAGGACAAGAUUCAAUUCUGCCCCAUCUGUCCGUCAACAAACCAAGUGCCUUGGUGCCGGCCACCCUCAAGUCACCUCAACCACGACGGGCACCAAACAAACUCACCUCAGACAGCCGGCACAGAGCAAAUAUUUGAGGCCAUUAAAUCUUAUUUUUCCAGGCUGCAGUCACUGAAAAGAUCAACAGUGAAGGGUGUAGUUGGGAGACAGAAAGAAAGAAGAAAAAGUGGGGGAGGAAAAAGUAACCCUUUCAAAGUGCACCCUGCCUGCUAUUUCUGCUGUGCUGUGGGCAGGCAGCGUCUCAUUUGGGAGUGAUCUUGGCUGACAAAAAAAGGACUUCCCAGUGCCCUGCCUGCCGAUCCAAAUGCCUGCAUAAAUACUGGAUAGAGAUAUCAUUUGUCUGGCCUCUAACACUACCCAACAAAGAGACUCCCUGCUAACUAUAGAAAACAUUACACCAAACUUUGACUUUGCUGUGUUUUGCUACCUCUCUAUUACUCUAAAGAAGAUUCAAGAGCUGUGAGAACGUAAUUGAGAACUGCUAUCAACACUUUCAAAAGUCUCUCUUGAAAUUUAUGUUAGAAAUUCACUGGGCCCACAUCGUAUCCCUGAGGGACUCCCUGUCAGUCAUUUAGGGAUUGCAGUUUUGAUGUCUUUCUCAGCUCAGUGAAUCAACAUGAAGCCCCUAACACCAAUUGGAUCCCCCUCUCCCCUGAGGCUCCUCAACAAGGGUCCAGACUACCUGCGCAGGCAGAUAGAUGGUGGAGGAAAUGGACGCUCAAUCAGCGCUGUAGAAAGGCUUGAGGCAGACAAAGCCAAAUAUGUUAAGAGCCAGCAGGUGAUCAAUACGAAACAGGAGCCAGUUCUGGUGCCCUGUGCCACCCCUCCACCACAGCCCGGCCGAGCUUUUUCCACCCCUGGUUUCAUGACACCUAAUCUUCCCCCUCGACGGUCAUCAAACACCGCUUUCUCCACACUCUCUGGCUCCUUCAACUCAAGGGAUGAAAAUGAAAAUGAUGACUCCAGAAAGGAGAACAGACGGACUUCCGUUGACGUCGAGGCACACAACAGGAGCAAUGUGAACCAUGCACUGCCUCCCAACCCUAGGACUCCUGGGAAAAACAUUUUGGUAGCACCACACAGUGCUCCCGUACUCAGAAGAUCUACUGGCAAACGCAUGCUGAGGCCAGACUCCCUAGUCAUGUACAGGCAGAAGAAAGAGUGCAAGAGCCCAAGUGGUGCACCAGAAGGAGAGAACAAUAACUCAGAAGUGAAGGGUUAUAGCUUUGUACGCCGCCUCUUCCAGGGCUCUAUGAGGGAAAAGAGCAGCGUAGGUGAAGGAAGAAUACAGAAAAUGGUGAUUGGUGAGGAAAAAGCGCCACCACGAGAUGGAGAAUCUCGCAUGUCUUGGACCAACGAAAAAGACACUACAGAUGGUGGACUAGGAAGCAGAAGGUCAAGUAAAACCGACCAAGAACGCAGCCCAGGGUCCAUCCCGAGCCCUGGGUUUAGCUGUGCGCUUGAACUGACAAAGAAUGUUACAAAUGGUACCAAUGAAGGAGACAACAACGGUAUCACCAAUGGCAACCACUCAAGUCCCCCGAUGUCAGAAUGACCCUGGAAGCGGGCAUCACCUCCACCAGCACCCAGAAGGCGGUUUGAGCUGCAGCGCUCAAAGUCAGAUCUUCAUCUUCGCUGCUCAGUAGCACUUUCAGAGCAGGACAUUUUUUUUGACUACUGCGGGCUGGACAUGGACAUGAUAGAGCGCCUGGGUCGAGAGAACUUUCUAUCUGGUGCCAGCUCCAUAGACACACUGUCGUUGGCCCUCCGCAGUGUAGUUGGGGAUGGCUGCGGCGGCUCAGAGCCCAGCGAGUUUUCCCGACACUCAGGAGACGGAUUGUUUCAGGAGGAGCUGGCUGAUCAGAUUCCCACUGGUGUGUCGAUAAUUGAGAGGAAUGCUCGUGUCAUUAAGUGGCUUUAUGGGUGCAAGAACGCUGCUAAAGAGGGACCCAAAGAGUCUACUGUUUAAAACAGGGACUAGAGACCAUGUGCUGUGGAGUGCCAAGAGUUCGAAGGUUUAUUUUCUGGUAAAACAGUAAACCAGUAGAUCUGAAUAUCCUUAACUAAUCAGUGAAACUACUUAUUGUAGCAUUCAGUUCUGGAGACUUUCCCCCUCUGUGCAGAAAUUUGCUACUGAAAUGCACUUCAAACUAAAAGUCAAGGCAUUGAAUCACCACUGAAUUCAGAGUGGGCUGUGAUUAGCUCACAGCAAUGCCACAAUGCAUCACAGAAAGAAAAAAUAGGACUCUGUUCUAUUUUUGAGCCAAAGCAUCAAUGCAAGUCAAAACAGCUGAGCUUCAGAAAGCAAAGCAGCGACAAAAUAUGAUUUUUCUUUGAAAUCUCCUAGAGUAUCUAUGGACUAAGGGUUUGUUUCAGGUUCUAAUACCUGCACAACGGGUUAGUAUUCCACAGCACAUGAAAACCUUUACUCCCUUGUUUUCCCCUGACUCCAAAGAGACUGUUUUUUUUUUUUUUUAAAAGAACAACUGCCACCAGUUUAUCUUGUCAAAUUGAUAUAUUGUAUUUAUAGAUCCUAUGGAAGAAUUGUGUGGGUGAAGACAGGUCGAACUGGUGACUGGAACCAUUUUUUCCUGCAAAGUGUUUUAGUACUUGUCUGUUUGUGUGGCUGUGUUAAGAGUGAACUUUAGUGUCCUCUCCCUUUGUAGCUUUUUCAGUUAUUGAUCGAACUGGAAUAAACACUGAUCUGGAAUCAGCCCCUGAGACCCCUCACGAGGCACAUGUAUGUUUGUCACAACAGAGUCACAGUUUUGUAUCCUGAACACCUUCUCUUUCCCUUAAUGACUAAAUUGAAAUGGAAAACCACUAAGCUAUGUUUUUUUUUCUAGACUGGAAAACUGUUGUGUGAGUGUGAAGUGAACCAUGAGUACCUCAUUCGGAUCUGUCCCAGUUUAGUUUGUGUGUGUUUUUUUUUUUUUUUUUACUCCUUAAACGCAGGCGUUGGAACAAACAUGCGAGACGCCCCUGUGGGGUUGUUAAUGCACUGAACUGGAUAGAAGGAGAGGAAAGAUAAAGAUAUAGCUUUAACUCUUUACAGAGACGCAUCUCGUUCAAUAUUAAACACUGAGCUGGAUUCAAAUGAGCACCUGCAUCAUGCAAGACAAGGAGCCAUGCCUGGCUAGUCAUUUUCAUCAUUACCAUCAUCUCAUUUUCUAAACACUAAAGGGGGUAAUUUCUCACGCCGUAAACACGGUCCAAUAAUCACUUGUGACACAGUUAUUGAUUAACAAAGCUAAUGUUUCCUGCGUGUUCAGUUGCUCCCAGCUGUUAAAAGUUAAAAAGCAGCAAAGCUGAUGAGCAGAAAAAGAAUCCUGUGAAGGCAAAACUGGACUUUUGAAAGCAAAUGAUUAACACAAUCAGAGA